CCAACUCUUCCUAAAGCUUCCCCUCCAUUAAUUAGAAACCAAAUUAGAACAUUUGAGCUUCCACUUCCCCUGGUUUUUCUGUUUCCAACCAUAAAGCCAAACUGCCCUGCUUUUUUAACCUGACACCAUUGCAGCCGCCCCAAAAGAGCCUCUCUCAUUCUCUCUCAACUUUUACUUUUGUUCUCUGGUUUUGAUUGUCUUUAGAGAGGGCAAUGGGCACCUCUGUAAGAGCAUUUACGGCGGCCAUUGUAGUGGCUUGGCUUGCUUUGUUUCAAGGACUCUUGGUGGCUGUUAAUGGUCAUUUUGAUUACAAGGAUGCCCUUACUAAGUCCAUCAUUUUCUUAGAGGCACAAAGAUCUGGUAAACUCCCUCCCAAUCAUAGGCCCAAAUGGAGAGGAGAUUCCGCCCUCGAUGAUGGUAAACUUGCAAAUGUGGACCUUGUUGGGGGAUACUAUGAUGCAGGAGAUAAUGUCAAGUAUGGACUACCAAUGGCUUUCACAGUUACAACUCUAGCUUGGUCUGCACUCUUUUAUCAUAAGGAGCUACAAGCAACAGGGGAGCUUGAAAAUGUUCGUGCCGGAAUUAGAUGGGGAACAGAUUACUUCCUGAAAUGCAGUUCUAGGAAAAACAGAUUGUAUGUAGAGGUGGGAGACCCAGCUCUGGAUCAUCAAUGCUGGGUAAGACCAGAAAACAUGCAGACACCAAGAACUGUUAAGCAGAUUGACGAGAGUACUCCUGGUACUGAAAUUGCAGCAGAAACUUCAGCAGCAAUGGCUGCUUCUUCCAUGGUCUUUAGAGGCGUGGAUCGCGCUUAUUCUCGUCGUCUUCUCAAUAAAGCCAAACUGCUUUUCCAAUUCGCCAAGGCGCAUAAGGGAACUUAUGAUGGAGAAUGCCCAUUCUACUGCUCCUACUCUGGCUACAAUGACGAAUUGUUGUGGGCAGCGACAUGGCUAUACUAUGCAACCAGGAGGCCUGUCUAUAUGAAAUACAUUCUUGAAGAAUCCAUCAGUGCUAAUGUGGCUGAGUUUAGCUGGGACCUUAAGUAUGCUGGAGUACAAGUACUUCUCUCUAAGCUCUACUUUGAAGGACAGCAGAAUUUACAGACUUUCAAGACCCAAGCUGAAAGCUAUUUCUGCUCAGUUCAUCCUGAAAGCCCUUACCACCAAAUUCACGUCACCCAAGGUGGUAUGGUUCAUUUCAGAGAUGGAGCCAACACUCAAUAUGUCACAAGCACAGCAUUUUUGUUCACUGUCUAUAGUGAUUUGCUUGCCAAACACAGCCAAAAGCUCACUUGCGGAAACAAAGAAUUCCACUCAACCCACCUCUUUAGCUUUGCUAGGCAACAGAUUGACUACUUAUUGGGAGCUAACCCAGAAGGAAGAUCGUACAUGGUGGGGUUUGGGAAGAAUCCACCAACACAAGCACACCACAGAGGAGCUUCAGUCCCAGUACUAGCACCUGAUACAGUGGUGAACUGUGGCAUGAGCUUCACCCAGUGGUUCAGAAAGAAUGAACCAAACCCUAACGAACUCACUGGUGCUAUACUUGGUGGACCUGAUAAGAAUGACCACUUCAACGACCAGCGCUGGGACUCACCAAAAACUGAGCCUUGCACAUACGUUAACUCCAUUGCUGUUGGUCCCCUGGCAAAGCUUGCAACAGCAUCACACCCUGCCGCCUAAUUUUAAUUUUUUUAUAUUUAUAUUUAUUAAACUCCGCAACUUCAAUCUCUUUGUUUAUUAAUCAAGCAUUCAUAGACUGGGAUUUGUUUUAAGCACCAUAUAUAAAAGGG